AUGCUCUCAGGACUGGCGGCCAUGGAGCUGAAGGUGUGGGUGGACGGCAUCCAGCGUGUGGUUUGUGGGGUUUCAGAGCAGACCACCUGUCAAGAAGUGGUCAUUGCACUAGCCCAAGCCAUAGGCCAGACGGGCCGCUUUGUGCUCGUGCAGCGCCUCAGAGAGAAGGAGCGGCAGCUGCUACCCCAGGAAUGUCCUGUGGGCGCCCAAGCGACCUGCGGACAGUUUGCCAGUGAUGUCCAGUUUGUCCUGAGGCGGACAGGACCCAGCCUCGCUGGGAGGCCCUCCUCGGACAGCUGCCCUCCCCCUGAGCGCUGCCCUAUCCGAGCCAGCCUUCCCCCAAAGCCUCGACCAGCACUGGACCGUGAGCCCUGCAAACCACUGACCUUCAGCCUGGGGUGCUCUGGGCAGGCCCCCGGCCCUGUGCCACCCGAGCCUCUGGCUCCCGUAGUGCCUGUGCCAGGCUGCUGUGCAGACCUGCAGGGUCUGGAGCAAAGGGUGCGCAGGAACGCAGCGGAGCUGGGCCAGGAGGCCUUCUGGGAGCAGGAGCUGCGGCGGGAGCAGGCCCGGGAGCGCGAGGCACAGGCCCGCCUGCAGGCGCUGAGCGCAGCUACAGCUGAGCACGCGGCUAGACUGCAGGCCCUGGACGCCCAGGCCCGUGCCCUGGAGGCCGAGUUACAUCUGGCUGCAGAGGCCCCUAGGCCCUCCUCACCCACAGCGUCUGUGGCUGAACGCCUGCGCCAGGACCUGGCCACCCAGGAGCGGCAAAGCAUGGAGGUGCAGGGCAGUCUCGCCCUGGUGGGCCGGGCUCUGGAGGCUGCCGAACACGCCCUGCAGGCCCAGGCCCAGGAGCUGCAGGAGCUGAACCGGGAGCUGCGUCAGUGCAACCUGCAGCAGUUCAUCCGGCAGACGGGCGCUGCGCCGCCGCCGCCCCCGCCCCCACGGCCGCUCGCGGGCCCCCCUGGCACUCAGGAUCUUCUGCCUCCAACCAGAGAAGAGCCUCUCACGGGAGGCCCCCGGAGUCUGGCCGUUGUGUCCAGCCUGAGCCCGGAGAUUGCCCCCAUGAGGCAGAGCUCCUUGAGGUAGCAGCUCUCACCUCAGAGUGGAUGUCCGCAGACAAGGUUAGCCUAGCCUGGAUGACAGAGGCGAGCCCGUGGUCACAGAGGACUCCUUCCCCCGUGCAGUGGGAAGCCCUGGAACCUGGAGCCUGAGACGGGACACCUUGGAGCCCUAGGCCUGCUGCAGGGGGCACGGGAGGGCUGAAGACUUUUGCCCUAGUCCUUGUCGAAUCUGCCAAGACCCUGCAGAAGCUAGGGGCAUGGCCAGCCCUGAGAUCAUAUCCCCCAAAGGCCACAGCUCUUUGCUGGGGACAGGAG